AUCAUACGGAGCUCCUGCUGGCGGAGAGAGGCGCCGUUUCAAGGGAAGAUACUCGACCUGAGUGACCGCUCCGGGCGACCACCACCUCCUUUGCUUCCCCGACACGGUCUCCGUGUGACAUUCCCACCAACAGCUACCUACCGAGUGAGCCUCCGUGAGUGACAGAUGUGUGACACUGUGGAGAACCAUUCCCCUCUCCUACUGGAGAUCUGAGUUCUGGGACGCUGAGCCACAGAGAGGGGGGGGGUCUCUCAGGAAGAUGCUGGGCUCGGAGCGCGGUGUUGUGGAAGAAUGGCUCUCAGAAUUCAAGUCCUUACCGGAAACUCACAUCCCCAGCUACGCUGGCAGCCUUCAUCUGAAGAAGUCCCUGGUGCCGGCGCUCUACAGAGUCAUCCAGGACCCCAACAACGAGCUGCUCGAACCAGUGUGCCACCAGCUGUUCGAGCUGUACCGGAGCUCCGAAGACCGCCUGCGACGCUUCACCCUGCAGUUCCUGCCCGAGCUGGUGUGGGUCUACCUCCGCAUCACAGCCAGCAGAGAUCGGCAGAGCAAUGGCUGCAUUGAGGCCCUCCUCCUGGGCAUCUACAAUCUGGAGAUUGUUGACAAAGACGGCAACAGCAAGCUCCUCUCCUUCACAAUCCCUUCUCUGUCCAAACCAUCGAUAUACCACGAGCCUUCCAGCCUGGGGUCCAUGGCUCUGACGGAGGGAGCGCUUUGUCAACACGACCUGAUCCGUGUGGUGUACAGCGGCCUCCAUCCUCAAAGAGAGACCUUUACUGCCCAGAACAGGUUCGAGGUGUUGUGUUUCCUCAUGCUGUGCUACAACUCUGCUGUGGUGUACAUGCCCCUUUCUUCCUAUCAGUCGGUCUGCAGGAUGAGCUCACGGUUGUGUGUCUGCGGUUUCCCCCGGCAACAGCAGAAGCUUUGGAGGGAACCGUGUAACCGCGUGCUGCUGGACCCCGAGUUCAUGGUGCAGAUGCUGACUGCAGUUUACCACGCCAUAUACAAUGGAGAGUGGGAGAUGGGCCGAGAAGCUCUGGAGGACAUCGUGUACAGAGCCCAGCUGGAGCUUUACUCCCAGCCUCUCCUGCUGGGAAAUGCAAUGAAGAACUCGCUGCCAGAGAGCGCUCCCGACGAGCCGCGGGGGCGCAAGGUGCUCCAGGUGGAGGUGACACCCACCAUCAGCCGUAUAUCCAUCUCGGCCAUCACCACCGCUUCCAUCCGACGCCACCGCUGGAAGAGAGAGGAUUGUUUUGACUACACAAGCGAUGCAGAGUUGAGCCUCACCGUCAAUCCUCCUAGCCUCGCCCAGCACCACCACCACCACCAGCACCAGCAGCAGCACCCUCCCUGGGACCCCGCGGCUAAAGAGGACAGAGGAGGGCGGCAUCACAGCCACCACAGCAGCAGCAGCAGCAUCAUUCCCCCCAUCACACUCGAGGAUGCUGAUGGCAUGAGCGGAGGUGAGGACUCCUUCAACAUCAACGACCCAGAUGAAGGUUUCUCCUCCGGGGCGUCCAACAGCAGCCAGCCCAGCGGCACCAAGGCCGGCGGUGGCGGCGGCGGCGGCGGCGGCGUGGGGCCGCGGGGCGGCAGCCUCAACAGCAGCAGCAGCAGCAUCAAGAAAGCCAUCGCAGCCCGGCUGUCCCGGGACAAGGAGAGAGAGCGGGAAAAGGAGCGGGAGAGGGAGGCGGAGAAGCAGGCCGAACUGUCCGCCGAGCGCCAGGCCGCGGCGAGGAGGCGCCACCAGCGGCAGCAGUCCCCUCCGGCCAGCAUCGACGUCGACGCCAUCCACCUCAGCCCGAUAAAGAAGCACCUGAGCUUCCCCGUGGGGCCGGCGCUGGUCCGGACUGGCAGCACCUCCUCCAGCAAGUCCUUCGACUGCAUGAACUUCAGCCUGAACGGGAACGGGGUGGAGCGGGGCGAGGCGGCCGGAGGCUCCGACAAGGAGGGCGGGCUCCCGGCGAGCGGCUCCCACCGCCACUCCACCAUCAGCCUGCAGGAGGAGCACCUGGUCCGGCCGGAGGAGGCCCGGGACCUCCUGUCGCCGGGCGCCCCGCUCACCAAGCAGUCCCGCUCGCCCAGCUUCAACAUGCAGAUCAUAUCACAGGUCUAAUGUUCAGUGCAGGGAUAGGAAGACACACACACCCACACACACACCACACACACCACACACAUGUUACACACACAAACACACACACGUUACACACCAAACAUAUAAACAAUGCAGUUUUUCUCUGCAACUCUUUACAGCUCCGCUAUGACAACUUCUGUCUACCUAUCUGUCUGAUUGUGUGAGUGUGUGUGUUUGUGUGUGCGUGUUUAGGAAGUAGGAACACAUUUUUCGUGUGUCACAUCCAUUCAGCGUACAGCUGCGACCGUCUGGUAGGUGAAGUUUAAAACACACGGAAAGCUGUAAGUCACAGCUGAGUCCAGCAUGUCACUGCAUCGCCCCGUCUGACCCGAGCUCACCAUUACACACACACACACACACACACACACAUACACUCUCCACAGGAAGACACCACAGGGGGAUGUUUGCAGGAGUCCGUAAGGCCAGAUGUUGGUCGUGUUUGAUGUUUCACAUAUUUUUUUUCAGUUCCUGACUGAAUCAGUCGAGACGAAUCAGCAAUAACUCUCGCCGUCAGGCAGAGUGGGGAUUAUUGUUCCGUCACUUCAUUCCUUCCCCGUCACCACCGGGCUCACGUGCAAUCCUUCUCUCCGAUUUUCUUUCUUGCGGUUUUGAUUAAUUCGCAGAUAGAUUUAUGAAUGAAAAUUCUUCACAGAUUUUGUUGUAGACCACAAUCCAAAGAGUUUAAAGUUGUUGUCAUUGCUUCUUCUCUUCACUUGUUAGUCAAGAGAUUUUCGUGGUUAUCACUCAAUCAGUUGUGAUUCUUGUUUCAGGCAAUCACUUGUAUGUUUUUCUGCACUAAGAAUAUUUGAUUUUUAAAAUCAAACUUUUAAGAUUGUUGUAAAAGGAAAGAAAAAAAAAACUGGAAUGUGUUUCGGGUUUGUCCUCGCCCCGAGCUUUUUACCUUGACAAAUCUAAUGAAACCCUCACUGUGCAGCUCCAGGACUGAGCUCUGUCUGGAGAGUUGUCGUGAAAUAUGGAGCUUCAUGUCGGAGGAGAGGAGUUCGACUGUAUCUGAUGUUAGAUUGUUGGUCUGGUUCAAACCAUUCAGUGGAUCCUUCCAUCUGAAAGCACCGGGUGGUGUUACUGCAGGCUGUGGCUCAUGUGUGGAGUCUGAGCUGGUGAAUCGCUGCCCUCUGGAGGCCGGUGGUCGUCACUGCACGUCAGCGUCACCAUGGUGACCCUCUCCGGUUGGAUGCUCAUGAAACAUUUUGUUCUACCUCAUUGUGUGUUAACCUGCCACUCAGACACAGGCCUCCCAAUCAGAUGCAGCAGUGUGCGGAGCGUGUUCGGUUUGAAAAUGAAGGAGGAGGAGGAGGAAAGCAGGUCUGCGCGCCCGUUUGAGGAAUUGUAACUGAAGAUCUCCAGCCCAUUUCAGCUCAGUCACGUCAUGCACAAACUCCACAAGCAGAACAAGAACACGUCACAAAGCUGCCGUCAGGUUUUUCAGAUCUCCUGUCAUAUAUCAAACAAACACCUCCCAGUUAUUUAAUUCAUUUUGAAUUCCCUGGAAAAAGUAAUUUUUCUUCUUUUUCUUUUUUCAAUGUAGUAAUCAUUUGAAGUGCAAUUGUUUAAUCCUCAUGUGCAUGGAGACAGAUUCCUCUCUGCUGUGAAAACGCCUGCGUCUGCGCUCAGUGCUCGCCCUCCUGCCGUAGUGCUCCCGGGCCAGGCUGACUGAUCUCGACACGUCAUGCUGCUCUGCAUGUUUAGUGCCCUGCAAAGCACUGCUGUCCCAGCAAGCCAAACCCAAGCCCCGUCCUCGUCUUUACCAGAUGUGCCAAUUCACAUCCUCUCCUUAAGGAAGUCUGUUUUGUUCUUUUUAAGGCUUGGGUGUCUUAAUUUGAAAUGCCUACUUUUUUUUCUUCUUCUUCUUCUUCAGUUUGCUGGUCUUAUUUCAAAGUGAAAGGACAAAAAGGGAUGUGAAGACAUGUGGCUCCAUGUGCCCUUAGAUGCAGCUUCAUCUUUUUCUUUGUUUUCUUUUUUUUUUCACCCAUCACAGGUGUGUGUUUUCACAGUAGCUUUUGCUGUUCACGUGGAAAAAGCAGUAUAUUAUGCGUCUUUGUAUCGUAGAUGUCCGCUGUUGUGUAGCACUUUGUAUGUCUUGCUCACGUGCUUGAUGAAUGAGUAAUGUAUACUUAAAAAAAAACAAAAAAACAAGUUCUGUGUGCAGUGAAAGUCCCACACACUCACGCUCCUGCUGUCUGAAACCCUCACAGCUGCUGCUCCUGGUUAAGAGUGAGUCCAGUGUGUGUGUGUGUGUGUGUGUGUGUGUAUGCUUUAGCCUUAAAACAUUUUCAGGCCAAGAAAACCAGUUUGGUUUUUUUUUAGCUUUUUCAGCCUCACGCGUUCCUCCUCCUCCUCCUCCUCCUCUUCCUCCUGCUGAACUGGACUUUUGGAGGAGAGGGAGACGAGGGGAGGGACGAAGCUACAGCUCACGUCCCACCCGGUCUGUCUGCCGUCGCCCCCGUGCUGUGUGACUCUCCUCGAGUCGUCUUCCCUUUCUUUUUCUUUUUCUUUUCUUUUUCUUCACACCGGUGACGUGUUCAUGUCAUCGACACGAGUGCCCCCGAUGGAGGCUACUGUAUGUUGACCUGGAGUAACAGAUUAACCCCUUCCCCAAAACCUCCCAGUGUGUGGUGUUAUUUGCAUGUGAUCAGGAGGGGAAAUGAACGCCAGGCGCUGACUGGAACUGAAAAUUUCACCCAGCAGUCCUGAAAAAAAACUUUAAUCUCGAGGUGGGACCUACUUCGGUUUGGUCCCAGUCACGGCGCCUGGUGAGGAAAGUUCAUCUCUCGUCCUGCAUGUGACAACUGUGGGCGUUGUUUCCAUACAGUAUAAUGCACUUUAAUCCAUCCACCUCUCUCAAGAUAGAUAUUGAAAUGACAUAUAUAGAUGUGCAAAUGUGUAUACACUCAAGCAGGGUUUUAGUCUCUUUAAAGUAGUACAGUAUCCAACACAAUGCUAUUUUUGUUAAAGUCUAAGGGUACAGCUAUUUAUUUUUUCUGUUCAAAA